CAUGCUGUCACUGGUUCGUUGUGUAACUUGGGUUUGUUUCGAUUAUUCUCGGGAAUCCGGAGAAGCCGGAAAGUAUGUUGAAAUUGGUUAAAUUACUAACAGGAAGUUAUUGCUAGCUUUGGUAAUUGCAAAGCAUACAACAUAUUUCUAGUUCGUUCGAUAAGUAAAAGUUUAACCAGUGAAACACGCGACAUCAGCAUGGCAAAGUACAUAGCCCAGAUCAUCGUACUCGGUGGCCAAAUCAUAGGAAAGGCUUUCACGCGGGCUCUCAAGCAAGAGAUAGCGGCUUCUCAAGAAGCAGCAAAGCGUGCCGGUGGUGGACAAAAGGAACAGAAUCGUGCCGCAGCCAACCUAAGGACGGGUAUGACCCUGGAAGAGGCACAGCAAAUCCUCAACGUAACGAAGCUCGACCCGGAAGAGGUGCAGAAAAACUACGAACAUUUGUUCAACGUGAACGACAAAUCAAAGGGCGGAUCGUUCUAUCUACAAUCGAAAGUGUUCCGCGCCAAAGAGCGAAUAGAUCAGGAACUGAAGGAGGCAAAGCCACCGGAAGGAGAAAAAACGGACCCCGGUACGGGGAGGCCCGAAACGGCCAAGUAAUCAGUAGUAGCAGUUUCCUCCCGAAAGACAAGUGUUCGCCGCAAGGUUUGCUGUUAAAUUGAUAAGUAAAAGUGUUUUAUUUAGUACAAGUACAAA